AGAGAAAGUUAUUCUUAAAAAUUUCCAAUUGUUCUAACUUAAAUUUUAUGGUGUCGUGAUAAACAAAUUUGAAUAGUUAAAAUAAAUAUUCAAAAUUAUAAAAGAUUUUUUAAACAAUUAAAGGAAUACUACUUAUUGUUUUAAAUCGUCUGACUUUUGCAUAUUCUUAUGGGUGGGUGUGUUUUUUUUUUAGUGACUGGUAGAUUGAGUUUGUGAAAAUUUUAUUGAUAUUUAACAUCAUGUGAAUUUAUUUUUAUUUGUUUAAUAUGCAUAUCAAGUCUUCAAGAAAGCAAGGAUUAUUGAGUAAUCUUUAUAUUCUAUGUGUUACACGGAUUAUUAAAAAUGUCGAAAGAUCAGUAAAUAUUCUUUUAAAAUUAUGUUUAACAUAUCGAAGAGAAAAAACAAGUUUUACAUGGUAUUUAUAUAGAGUGCACAUUUGUUAAUUAAAACUUUUAAUUAAUAAAAUAAUAUUUAUGAGUUUCUACAUACGUUAAAAAGUUUCUUUUCUUAAUUAUUAUGCAAUAAAAUAAUUCAAAAUGAAGAAAAAGUACAUUUCCUUGCUAUUUAUGAUCAUACAAUUUUGUAAAGCUGAUGUUGAUGAGUGCACCUAUCAAUAUAAAUAUUCGUGUGAUAAAAAUGAAAAUUUGCGACUGUUAAAUGACACAAAUCCACUCAAUUGCAGCCUUGAUAACAUCUUAGAAAAUGCAGAGUAUACCUUGAUAUUAUCUAAGGAUGGAUUAACUCCAACCGGGAUUUUGAGAAUUAAUUCAUUUCUUCCAACUGUCAAUUGCCAAUACAAAGUAGCUCUUUUAGUUAAUGAAUCAGUCAAGACGGAUGAAGAGUGUAAACAACAUAAUUUUGAUAAUCACAAUGAGAAUGAAAUUCAUUCAUUAGACCAAACUAUUUGUAUAUCCGCAUUUGAUAACUCUACAAUCAUUGAGCAUGAGUCAAUAGAUUGCAAAGAAAACAAUAUUUAUAUAUACUUCAAGCAUAUUUUCACUGGUUGUUAUGCUCUUCGUUAUAAAAUUGAUCAUAAUUAUGUGAUACGUUCAAGACAAUAUAUUUCUACGACUUAUCAAAGAAGGGAAGUAGAAGAACCAACUUUCCGCUGCAAUUAUGAUAACAGGCCAAUAAAUAAUCAGAGUAGGAAUCUGGUGACGUUUACCUUCGGCAUUUCAGUACUUCCUGGUUCUACAAGUAUGAGUUUAGAAUUAACUCCAUUAUCUUCUGAAGAUGAAAAUAAAGAAGAUGCGUGUGUAGAAUAUAGUAAGGCUCCUCAAUAUGCUUGGGAAAUUAGUCUGAGUGGCUCGAAUACUCAGUUAGAACCAUUAAAAAGUUGUAAAGUUACGAUGGUAAACAUUGUUAAUGAAACGAGUACAGAGGAUGUCGAGUGCAGUUUUUCGCUUCCAGUAUCAUAUGAUGAAAGUUAUUGUUUUCUUAUUACUCUCCAUGAUAGCCGGUGUUUAAGACAUACCACUUGGAAUCCACCACCAAAGAAUAAAUCUACUGUUCCAUGCACUUGGAUACCAAAAUGUACAAAAGUCAAUAUAACCUCAGGAAUUGAAUAUCCUGGAGAUGUCGAAGGUAACUCACCAGUUGUAUCUGCUGAUCUCUCUUCACUCCUCCCCAUAGCUGCUGGUAUUAUUAUUGUGACUGUGGUAAUUGGAAUGUCUAUGGUAUAUCUCUAUCGUUCACGCGUAAGAAUACUUCGAGAGGAUUUUGCAUUAAACGCUACGUUAAGAAAUUUAAAAGAUGGAGAUCAUAUCGAACUAGAUGCUAUUGAUACUGAUGAAGAACAUACUAGAGCUAUCGUGCUUCUUUAUGCUAGAGGCUCCAAACCUUUUAUGAGUUUCAUGUUACAUUUUAGAGAAAUUUUAGAAUGUUACUGUGGAUGUCAUGUAUUUGAUUGGUACGCAGCAUGUGAAUGGGAUGCAGUAGCCAGAGUUGGAGCUUGUGAAUGGGCUGAUUCUUUAAUUAAAAGCAAUCACCGUAUAGUAUGGAUCGAUACUCCAACUGCAAGAUCUCUAGUAAAUAUGACAAACAAUCAAAAUAUUGUAAAUAAAUCUUCAAACGAUGAACAAUUCAAUACUGAUCUUAUCAAUGAUUUUCGAGAUUUAGCAUUUCCUUCUGUGUUGGAAUUUGCUAAACGGAGUAUCAUCAAUAUUAAAUCACAGUAUGACAAACAUUUCAUUGUUAGAAUAGAAGGAUUUAAUCAUGAUAAUUCAAGUGAAGAUAUAUUUGCAAAUCUUUCUCCUCAUGCACGAUUUUUGAUUCCUUAUCAUCUCAAACAAUUAUGCUCACACUUAUCUUCUAAAAGAUCUGAAGCCAAAAAUGAUGCCUUAACAACUGAAGAAAAACAACUCAAGGAACGAUUAAGGAAAAUGAAUCAUCAUUAUUAAUUUUUUUAUAAUGAAAAAGUGAUAUUUUUCAAAUAAAUAAUACAUUUUUAUAUCAAAAA